AUGGAGAAUCCUGGUGUGCCUCCCGGACCUUAUCGGGCCACCAAAUUGUGGAAUGAAGUUACCACAUCUUUUCGGGUAGGAAUGCCUCUAAGAAAACAUAGGCAACACUUUAAAAAAUAUGGCAAUUGUUUCACAGCUGCAGAAGCAGUGGACUGGCUUUAUGACCUAUUAAGAAAUAAUAGCAAUUUUGGUCCUGAAGUUACAAGGCAACAGACUAUCCAACUGCUGAGAAAAUUUCUUAAGAAUCAUGUAAUUGAAGAUAUCAAAGGCAGAUGGGGAACAGAAAAUCUUGAUGACAACAAUCAGCUAUUCAGAUUUCCUGCCACUUCUCCACUUAAAUCUCUUCCACCAAGGCAUCCUGAAUUGAGAAAAAACAGCGUAGAGAACUUUUCCAAAGAUAAAGAUAAUAUUUUUAAAUUACGAAACUUAUCUCGUAGAACUCCUAAAAACCAUGGAUUACACUCCUCUCAGGGAAAUAUAGAGGACAUAAAGGGUGACAUGAUUGAUGAUCAAAUGAACUUGGCUGAUAACCGAGAAAUAAAACAGGAAGAUGUUGAAGAAGUUUGGAGAUAUGUCAUUCUAAUCUACCUACAAACCAUUUUAGGUGUGCCAUCUCUAGAAGAAGUCAUAAACCCAAGACAAGUAAUUCCUCAGUAUAUAAAGUACAACAUGACCAAUACAAGUAAACAUGGAGUAGUUAUACUACAAGACAAAUCAGAUGACCUCCCUCACUGGGUAUUAUCUGCCAUGAAGUGCCUCGCAAAUUGGCCAAGAUGUAAUGAUAUGAAUAACCCAACUUAUGUUGGAUUUGAACGAGAUGUAUUCAAAACAAUUGCAGAUUAUUUUCUAGAUCUCCCUGAACCUCUACUUACUUUUGAAUAUUAUGAAUUAUUUGUGAAUAUUUUGGUUGUUUGUGGCUACAUCACAGUUUCUGAUAGACCCAGUGGGAUACAUAAAAUCCAAGAUGAUCCACAGUCUUCAAAAAUCCUUCACUUAAACAAUUUGAAUUCCUUCAAAUCAACUGAGUGUCUUCUUCUCAGUCUGCUUCAUAAAGACAAAAACAAAGAAGAAUCAGAUUCUACUGAGAAACUACAGAUAAGUGAUCAAGGAUUUCAAGAAAGAUGUGCUAAGAAAAUGCAACUAGUUAAUUUAAGAAACGGAAGAGUCAUUGCUAACGACAUAGUGGGAGGAAGCUGUCAUAAUUUAAUAGGCUUAAGUAGUAUGUAUGCUCUAUCUUCUAACAUCAAACCAAAGUGCUAUUCUUUGGAAGGAAUUGUAGAUAUAGCAGACAACUCAAGUAAAGAGGUCUCCAGUCUCUUCCAUCAAUCUAUUCUGAAUAUAGAAGUACAAAAAAAUAAACAAUUUUUAGAAUCUAAACGCUUAUUGAAUCUUCAUUCAGAGGAAAGUAUUCAAAAGCCCCUCUGUGUUGGUUUUAAGAGAACCUCUGCUUUGACUGUACAAGACCAAGAGGAGUUAUAUAAUGGGAAAUGCAAGUCAAAGCAGCUUUGUAGAUCUCAGAGUUUGCUUUUAAGAAGUAGUACAAGAAAGGAUAGUUAUAUCAAUACACCAGUGGCUGAAAUUACCAUGAAACCAAAUCAUAUCAUUCAUCUUGGACAACGCAGCACAAGUGUACAAACAGAUACGGAAAGUCAACCCGGAGAGUAUAGUACCACAUUCAGUAAAAGACUCUGCAGAAGUACAAUAGAACUUUCAGAAAACUCUUUUUCUCCAGCUUCAACUGUAUUGACUGGCACACAAAGUUUGCUACAGCCUCAUUUAGAGAGGGUUGCCAUCAAUGCUCUGCAGUUAUGUUGCUUGUUACUUCCUCCACCAAAUCGUAGAAAGCUUCAACUUUUAAUGCGUAUGACUUCUCGAAUGAGUCAAAAUGUUGAUAUGCCCAAACUCCAUGAUGCCAUGGGUACAAGGUCACUGAUGAUACAUACUUUUUCUCGGUGUGUGCUAUGCUGUGCAGAAGAAGUAGAUCUUGAUGAGCUUCUUGCCACAAGAUUAGUUUCUUUCUUAAUGGAUCAUCAUCAGGAAAUUCUCCAAGUACCCACUUACUUACAGACUGCAGUGGAGAAACAUCUUGACUACUUAAGAAAGGGUCAUAUUAAAAUUCCUGAAGAUGGACUGAUUGCACCUUUGCCAACUUAUUCAUACUGUAAGCAGAUUAGUGCUGAAGAGUUUGAUAAACAAAAAGUUUCUACCUCUCAAGCUGCAAUUGCAGAACUUUUAGAGAAUAUUAUUAAAAACAAGAGUUUGCCUCUAAAGGAGAAAAGGAAAAAACUAAAACAGUUCCAGAAGGAAUAUCCCUUGAUAUAUCAGAAAAGAUUUCCAACCACAGAGAGUGAAGCAGGACUUUUUGGUGACAAGCCUACAAUCAAGCAACCAAUGCUGAUUUUAAGAAAACCCAAGUUUCAUAGUCUAAGAUACUGA